UUUUAGAGCGAGGAGGAGACGUCUGUUGUGUGGCUUCUUCAUCGAAACUUCGCCCUCGCGGCUUACAACUUUCACACGUGAACCCACUCUGACUAAUGAAAUUAGAAGGCAAACGAGGCGAGGAAGGCCGAAAAGGUACCUCCUCCUUCAUUCUUUCUAUUUCAAAAUGGUCCGCUCGAUCGUGCUGUUGCUCCUUUUGGUAGCUCUUGUUUCUGCUACAUAUUCCCGUUUUGGAAGCAACAAGGCUAACAAACCAGAAGAGGCGCAUCCAAGUAUCAAUGACCAAAUAAUGCAGGGCUCGCACAUUCGAUAUUAUGGCCGAUUCAGAGAUGGCUCGGAUGAUGUGCUGAAUCGCUAUUUCAAUCGUUUGUAGUGUGUGCAUCUCUCACAAGAGAAUCUCAUCAUCAACAGCAAAAUCAUGAAAAAGAAAACAAAUCAUUUGUAUCUGACGACUCAAGGCUGAAGCUAUUUCGCUGAAAAAUAAUUAAUUUUCCUUUGCUUUUCUUUCCUCACUCGUUGUAUCUCUGUCCAUUUCCUCCACCGCUCGAUAAACUCUGUUUAACACAAA